AUGGCGGAUAUAGAUGAGUCCGUCUUGCUCGGCGACCCAACAGAUCAACACGAUGGGCCACUGGAUGAAAAUGCUCUGCUCGAUGAGUUAGUUAUUGAUUUUUACAUUUCAGUUUGUUUAAUGUGAAUAUAAAGUUUCAGUAAGGAGUUCAAAGAGGAGGUGGAUGAUCUUUAUGAAGAUGCGAUCGCUCCGACCAACUCGGUAAGAAAUCCACAGAAUUGUCUGAAAAUGUUAAUAGUGUGCUACAGGAAACUACGCCCAUAAAAGUGGCAGCCCAAACAACUCCAACUGUAGCCGCACCGGCGGCUUCCGUGCCUGCAAGACCGGCUGCGCCAGCCGAAGGAAGAAAGUACUGCUGCUACAUAGGCAACCUUCUCUGGUACACCACUGAUGCUGACUUAAUGGUUAAUCCUCGAUUCAUGCGCUUCGAUUAACGUUUUAAUCUCAAUUUCAGAAAGCUCUGGCUUCUACUGGCCUUUCGAGAUCCUUGUUCGCUGAUAUGAAGUUUUUCGAAAACCGCACUAAUGGACAAAGCAAAGGAUAUGCUCUGUUGGUGCUCAACUCGGAUGCAGCAGUGAAACAAGUGAUGGAAGCUCUUCCAACAAAAACCAUUCACGGACAAAGCCCAACUGUUCUCUCGUACAACAAAGCGAAUCAGGCGAAGCUUGAAGAAGCUCAGGCGAAAAACCAAACUCGUCCGGACGUCAAAAAGAAGGUAAACAUCGUCAAACUUCUGUAAGGCACGCGCGCGACGAACUGCCCUCUCCGCGGCCUUAUAACUAUUCUCUGGCUGGCCCAGCGGGCUGCGUGACGUAGCGCAGGCGGUUAGUUUGUCGUCUGCCCCUCGGCGGGUCGCUAGUUCGAUCGCCUCCACGCGCCUUUGAAACUCAGCGGUGUUUUGUGUUAAUGAUCAUGAGCUGGUAGCAGGCGCAAAAGAAUUCGGAGUCUUACCGGCGUUCACCUGUUCAAGGUGCGCGUUAAAAGUUCUUCCGAACAAUCAAAUUUUCAGCUAUGUUUGUAUUUAUCGUUUGUUUUUGCAGCCUUACGGAACCGACGAAGGAUGCCUAAACAUGGGAACCAUCAGAAUAGGCACUGGAACUCAGUCCAACCGCUCCGGAUCCACUGGCAGAGCUGGUCCUCCGCCUCUGAUGAUGCAACCGACGAACAUGAUGAGACCGACUCCACUGAUGAGUCAGCAGACGGCUCCGCUCGUCUCGAAUCAAGGACAACCUCCGCAGAUGCGCCUUCAGAUCAAUGGACAAUCCGUUCCAAUGAUGAAUCGUGCUCCGAUGACUGCGCCUCAACAAAGUCUGAUGGGAAAUGCGUUGGGCGGUCUGAAUCAACAGAUGCAGCAACCGCAGAUGUUGAUGGGGGCCCAGCAGGUCCGUCCGAUGAUGCAGUCCACGAUGGGAAUGCAACCGAUCAUGGGCAUGAACCUGGCCGCCCCUCCGCCGAUGAACAAUCAAUUCCAGACUAGGUAGGAUCCGAGUAACUCAUUAGAAUGCGCUUAAUCCCCGAGCAGUUCCAGACCUCCGCAACUCGGUCCCCUUGGUGUUCAGCCGCUUAUGCAAAUGAACACAGCGAUGCGCCCGCCGACCAACGGAAUGCCGCCGGUCCAUGUCAAUCCGCAGGUACACUUCUACUCUAAACAGUGCAUUCUUUAUAGUUCUAUAGCUUCAGAUGUUCCCCGGAAUGCAGCCGCCGCCAUUGACAGAAGCAGAGUUCGAAGAUGUCAUGAACCGCAAUCGGACCGUCUCGUCGUCGGCCAUAUCGAGAGCCAUCACGGACGCAGCCGUCGGAGACAUCAAAGGAGCCACUGAGACCAUUUUGACCGCGAUUACACUUAUCAAACAGAGCAGAAUCGGACACGAUGACAGAUGCAGACAGUUGGUGUACAGUUUGGAGGUGAGCAGUUGGCCUUGGAAGGAAGAAACUGAAUUGUUUUCAUUUGCAGGACACUUUGAAAGGACUCGAAUCGAAGGGCUAUUCGUCACGCUCGAAGUCUCAUCGCGACCGUUCUCGAAGCCGCGAAAGAGAUCGCAAAAGAAGAAGACGUAGCCGUACUCGCUCCCGGUAACUCUCUUUUCCUUAUUCCCGCUCCUAACCGUGUCAGUCACAGAUCCUACUCCCGCUCGCCAUCGCCGCGUCGCUCUCGUCGUUACUGAGUGCAUUCCCAUCUCUGAAUUUCUCGAUUCCCCUAUUUUAAAUCUUAUUUUCUUAAUAAUCCAGUAAGUUUUCAGUCCAUGUCUUUCUGGCAAACAGUCGUCAUUCAGAAUGAUCACAGAUGCACAAAGUCCGCCCUCUGAUCCGCUGUUUACUCUACUUCUUCUUCUUCUUCUACUUCUUCUUCUUCUUCUUCUUCAAUUCCAGUGCUGGAUUACGGGACGAGGAGUAAUCUUUCUCAAAAGUGAGUUCAAGAACCGAUUAUAAAAAUUAUAUUUUCCCUUCAAGUUUUGUUGUAUUCUCCAUCAUCCCACAAGUAACUUUAUAAUAUUCUCACCAAAUUAUUUCGAAUUUAAAUUGUUCCGAUGAAGUCGAAACUGAUGUAAAUGAGUAGGACACCUACCUCUUUAUUGCCUUAAUUUUAAACUGAAUAAUCAAUUUGUAAUGUGUCGGAGUGUUCCGACCAAUCUAAAUUUGUCUGACAACCCUUCACGCUUAUCUCAGGACGUCUUUAACAUUGGAUGGGAAAGUGAUUAUAUUAUGUUACCCAGAAUUUGUUUGAGUGUUUCUCUUCAUAAAAAGUAACACAUUUCGUAUUGUGACUGCUCUGGAUAGAAUAAUUUUUCAACCUAUUUCAUGUGUUUUCUUCUGAUUUUUAGUCCAAAAUGCGAGCUCCUUUUCUUCAUAUUCGCUAUCUGACUGACUCCUCUUUUCUGUACUCACUCCCCUCCUUCAAUUGUACUUUUUCGAACAGAUCGCUUCGGUCGUCCGACGUCUUCCCGUCUGCUACCACAUCCAGCGGACAUGGAAUUGAAGAAAACCCCGUCCAAGAACAUUAUACUCUCUGCUAAAUUUUGCUUAAUCUUGAACACUCUCUUUCUGAAAGCGUAUGAAUCCUUCUUUGUAAUGUUCGAACGAUCAUUUUUCCCAAAGUAGAAGAAGCGUGCACUUUCAUUGUGAUUCCAGCGGUAAGCCAAACUUUUCCUUUUCCUUUCAUGUAUUCAUUCGCCUCGUUUUCACCCCCUAAUUUUACUGUGAAUGCCAAACAAAUUCCCGUUCUCAUUCCCCAUUUCAUUAAGUUCGCAACAGAAAAGUAAGGUUCUCGAAAUGCGUAAUCGUUUCGUUUUCAGAUUUCUACGGGAUCUCACCAACAACUUCGUGUGCAACUUCAUCACUAAUCAAUCGAUCCGUAACAUUGCGUUCUGAAUAAAUAAUGAAUUAAAAACAAGUUUCCCAAAACUGUUCAUGUUCUGAAGUCGAAUCAGUCGACUGGUAUAGUAUCUAUUUACGCAAUGACUUUUUCUAAAAAUACUUUUUCAGAAAAAUGGCGGAGGAGGGCUCGGUGGUCCGAUGGUUAGUUUGCGGGGCGAGUGCCGGAUUGGCAGUGGACAUCGGACUGUACCCUCUGGAUACAAUCAAAUCGCGAAUGCAGUCGAAGCAGGGAUUCCUCGCGGCCGGAGGAUUCAGGGACAUUUACAGGUGACCGUCAAUCCGAUCACCGUAGGAAUGAGAGAUCGUUGCAGAGGGAUGAGCUCGGUGAUGGUGGGCUCCGCGCCGGGAGCGGCCAUCUUCUUCCUCGCCUACAAGUACAUAAACGGACAGCUCAAACGGACUUUGCCCGGGAGAGACGCCCUCGUGGACGCCUUCGCCGCUUCCCUCGCGGAGAUCGCCGCGUGCGCCGUCCGUGUUCCGACCGAACUGUGCAAGCAGAGAGGACAAGUGCGGGAGAACGCACGGCUUUCACUGAUAUGCAGGGAGAUUAUGGACACGAGGGGAAUACGUGGAUUCUAUCAGGGAUACGGUAGCACUGUCGCAAGGGAGAUUCCCUUUUCGAUCAUUCAGUUUCCGAUUUGGGAGGCGCUCAAGCGGAUCGUCGCCGAAAAGAAAGAGUCCGGGCGGUGCAGUCCUUUGGAAGGGGCCGCCUGCGGGAGUGUCGCUGGAUGCGUGGCCGCCGGACUGACGACUCCGUUGGAUGUGGCAAAGACGCGGAUCAUGCUGACGAAGAACGGACCGGCUCCCGGAAUCAUCGGCACUCUCAGAGAGGUCGUUCCCUCGUCGCACUUGAAAGAAAACGUUUCCGUUUUGCAGGUGUACUCGACAGGAGGCGUGGGCGGAUUGUAUUCGGGCAUCGUGCCACGUGUCAUGUGGAUCUCCGGUGGCGGAUUCGUCUUCUUCGGCGCCUACGAAACGGCAAUGCACUUCACGAAAUUCCUCGAUUAG